AUGCGCACCAAGAGUGACUUAAAGGCGCGUUUCGAAAUGACUGACAGCGGCAAGUGCAUUCGUGUUGGGCAUCGAGCUGCGUUUUGGCAUGAGCGACUGCAAAGCCGUCACCAGCCCAACAGACAUCAGUUCUCGACUCAUACCAAGCACCACAGCAAUGAAGUUCUCCACAUCAGCGCCAAGCUCAGCAGUAUCGGUGCCAAGAAGGAGGAUGAGGACGUGGCGAUCUGCUUGUUGUGCAGCCUCCCCAAGAGCGACGAUAAUGUCGUGCUGAACUUGGAGAUGAUCAGCGUGGAACUGCGGACGCAAGACGCCGUGAGAGUGCUCACGGAUGAGCACAUCAAGAGGCAAGGUGACAAGACGACAUCGUGUACAUACUGCGGGAAAUUGGGGCACACGGCGGAGCGGUGCUGGACCAAGCAGAAGGACGAAAAUCAAGGUGGAGCUCGACGCGGCGGCAACAAUGCUCGUGGACGCGGAGCCAACAACGUUCAGUGGCGAAUCAACAGCACCUACGACGACAACUACGAUCGAGUUGCGUUCGCGGUUUCGCUACAGGCUGGACUUUCGACGGGCAAGAAUAUGUCAGGGAUGUGGGCAGUGGACAGCGGUGCGACGCAUCACAUCUGCAACGACAAGGCCAAGUUUGCAAGCCUGAAUGAGCGAGAGGAAGGCGAACUAUCAGUGGCUGAUGGCAGCAAGGCUGCGAUCAAGGGUGUGGGAACCAUCAUGGAACGGGUGGUUCUGCCCAAUGGUGACGAACGCGACAUCGAGAUCAAGGACGCACUGUUUGUACCAAGUAUGAGCAAGAAUCUGCUUUCGGUGCCACAGAUCAACAAGGGUGGCAGGUUCCAAGUCGUGUUCGAUGGGUCCAAGAUGCAAGUGAAGCGCAAGAAUUCCACACAAGUCGUGGCAACAGCGUAUCUCGUCGAUGGACUUUACUGGCUGCGGACUCCUCAACGAUCGGCAAAUGCAGCAACACGCAAUGGGACUAUCGACUUGCAUGCGCGCAUGGGUCAUGCACCCCUCGAAGUUCUGCGCAAGAUGGUGGCCACCGGCAUGAUCAAGGACGCCAAGGCACCUCUCAACUCGACUGGUCCAAGUGUGUGUCGCGGUUGCCAGCAAGAAAAGAUGGUCCAAAAACCAUUCCAAACCAACCGUGACAAACGCCAAUAUGGUGUGUUUGAGUUGCUGCACUUCGACAUCUGCGGGCCAAUGGAACAAUUCUCGAUCGGCGGCAGCAGAUACUUACUGCUUGUGGUUGACGAAGCCAGCGGUUGCAUGAAGGGCUUCUGUCUGCGGUCCAAGUCUGAGAGUGGAGACUGUAUCAAGAACCACAUUAUCAAGAUUCAGACUCAGUUCGGCACGAAGAUCAAGUUUGUUCGGCACGAUGGAGCGUAUGAGUUUGCGACCAACUCGAUCAAGACCUGCUACAAAAAUCAUGGUAUCGAACAACAGAUCACGGUACCGUAUGCACACCAGACCAACGGCACCGCAGAACGCGCGAUAAGGACCAUCGUCACGAUCGGACGCAGCUUGUUGCAUCAUGCAAAGCUGGAGAAGUGUUUCUGGGCUGAAGCGGCAAUAACGGCGAUCUACAUCAAGAACCGCCUGCCUUCACCCAAGAUCGACCACAAGACUCCGUUCGAGAUCGUGUACAAGUCGAAACCAAGUGUCAAGCACAUGCGUGUGUUUGGAUGUCGGGAGUUUAUCCUGACACCAAGGGAGAAGCGAUUGAAGUGGGACUCGACGGCUCGUGAAGGGAUGUUCAUGGGCUACGAAGAAGCGUCAAAAAGCUUAUCGAGUGUACGACAUUGA